GUCUUCCAGAGGUGUUAGCGCCUCAAAGACCACCAGCCCCGCCAACGGAAUACUUCCAGUUGAAUUUAGGUGGUUUCGAUACGGAGACCCUGUUGAAAGCAUCUGAUAAUCAUCCGAAAAUAAAAGGCUACGUAGGCUGCUUAAGAGGACUGCAGAUUGGAAACACUCUGAUAGAUUUGCCUUCAAAAGUCAGCGAAACGGAUGUAGGGGUGAUAGGGCACUGCAACAUGAAAUGCGAUGAAGUUCCGUGCAAGCACGGCGGCAUCUGUAUCGAAGAUUUCGAAAAUCAAAAACACACUUGCGACUGCGAACACACCAGCUAUUAUGGAGAACUGUGUUCGGAAGAAAUCGGAGCGGAAUUUAAUGGAGAAUCGAUUUUAUGGAGGCAAUAUAUCUUAAAUGGUACCGUGGAUUACGUGAAGUUCCAAUUAGCGUUUUCUAGCGUCGAUAUCAGUCAGAAAAAUACAGUUCUGUUACUGUUGCAAACAGAAAAUGGCCGCAGUUACUAUUUAGUGGUGGGUCUAAGCACCGAAGGUCAUCUGACGGUCCAAGAAGAUCGCGAAGGUGCUGUUUUUUCCGCGACCGUGAACAAGAAAAAUUUCAUCAAUGGUGCUAGGCAUUCUAUACAUUACAGAAGGGAUUUCAACGAUUCCGAAUUGUAUAUCGACAGAGAAUUGACGUCAAUGAAACAAAUUCCGGCUCAGACGUUUACUAAUAUCCCUGAAGAGGGCGGAAACGAAGUUCAAAUUGGAGGACAUGACACCGCUGAUCCGCGAUUCGCAACCUACAAGAGGUACAGCGGAUGUUUAUCGAACAUAUUCAUUGAAGUGAACGAACAUGUGAUGAAGCCUUUGGAGGAGUAUAUGCUUUUUACAAAAACUGGAACCGAAAAGGUGAACGUGUCCAAUCCGCACGGGGUCAGAAGUGCCCAAUGCAGCUCUGACUUCGAUAAAAUCCACGAAAAGACUCCAGCCGCGAUAAAUCUCAACAUAAGUCAAGGAACAGACAAAACUUGGGUACAAGACGCUCCUCAGCGAAUCUUCUACACAUCAAUUUAUUCCGCGACAGCGGAAGAGGAAGACAGCACUGGACAACUAAUUGUUAUAAUUCUAUCUUCGUUCUUUUUAUUAGUUGUGAUUUGUUGUACAUACCAUUUGAUAAUAACGGAUAAAAAGUAUCGGCAAAAGAAAGAGUACGAAACUGACGCUGAUAUUCUGUUGUCGAAGCAACAAGCUGCUUUUUUGCAAGAAAAUCAUAAGCUGUCGAUCGACGACAAUACUAUCAAAUUUAAUGGAAAGAUAACGACAGAAAGUAAUAAAACCACUCCGAUUGAAGAAAGGAACGAGUUUUUCCCCGAAAAUAGAGAAGAAAUGAGUUUGAAAACACUGAAAAGGGCCGAUAGCAAAAGGGAAAAACAACCACGUAUAUCUUUCAGAGAUAAUAAUACGGAGAUUGAAGAUGCUUGCGAAUUACUUACUCCAGAAAUUUUGAGUCCCAUGCCAGAGGAAGACGAGGAGGAAGACCAAGACGACGAUGAAAAGGAUGAGAAUGAAACAGAUAACGAAACUGAUGAAAGAGAGCUAGAUGGAAUUGAACAUGAUAAAACGGAUGAUCGAGAAAUUAAGGAAAAAUAAUCAUUAAACAAGGGAGCAAAACUUAAUGUAGUAAUUUUAAGUGUUAAAUGUAACUGUGAAAAAAGUAAAUAUUAACAG